ACCCUUCUCUAGUUAUCCAGCCGUCCGACCGGUCGCCCGCCAGUUAUCACUCCUCGUCCGUCCGCUGAAGUCGAGCGUUCCGUCGUGACGGUAGAGUGUUGGCACAACCCGCGUACUAAAAUAUUGUAUUACGUCUUUUGUGUUCGCCAUUGACUAUUCUCCUCGAGCAAACGUCCAUUACGGACCUAAACCGUUUACCAUCGAGUUUGUGUUGUGUUCAUUUUCGUGAGCGUCACCUUCUCCCGCAACCACACAAACUGCGACCGCCGUACUACCCGUGUCAAGAAUUCCUGUACUAUAAAGAUGGCAAAAAAUCCAUUUAUGACCUGUAAGUCACGUAAACGAAGAAAGAACAGAGUCCCACCCACUGCACCAGUAGAAAAGCUCUUUUGUCCCCGGACAAUGGUGAGGUACGACGGAUCCCACAGUGAUUAUCCUACUAAGUGGAUUUGUAAAAUGUGCCUUAAGGUACUUUUGAGUGAAGCAGCUGUUAACAAUCAUUUGACCAAUUGCCUUGGACAAACUAGACAAUCUAACCCAGCUCCACCUAAUAACGAAAGUACUCCUUACAUAUGCAAGUAUUGCGAAAAGGUAUUUUCAAGGGGUGUUACGCUAAAGAGGCAUUUGGAAGACCAUGAACAAUCAUCAAGCCGUCUUGACUCAGAACUAUCUGACAACGAAGUUGAAUACAAAGUGAAGAAUAUAAAAAAAGAAAAAACAAAUGAUGUUAACCACUAAUCUGAGAAUUAAAAUUCAUGCAAUAAAAUUGAUUUGAUUUAAUUUA